AGAGAGAAACAUACAUAUAAACGUGUGUGGCGGUGGAAAUGUGAGAAAUCUAGUCUUUGACUCGAAGCGACGGCAGCGGCAGCACCAGCAGCAGUUGUGAAUGGUCCCCGCCUCUCCGGGGAGUUUCCUCCGCGGGGAACUUUUACUUUAUGUGCAGCACCUGUUGUGUCGCCAGUCGGCCGUCUGCGCUCGCCAAACUCCUGGAGCCUCCUCAACACAUUCAUCUCCUUCACUAAGUUGGACGCUACAAGUGGCAUUUACCCAGAGCCGGGCGCUAUGUUUUGCGUAAUGCGAGUGGACUAUCUGAGUUCGCGAGAGAAACACUUAACAGACAGACAAAUGUAUGUUGCGCGUCUCAGAUUUUAGUUUUCUGUUCCAACUGUACCCGUGUUUAGGCGAACAGGUGUGCGCUCACUAACAACAAUUAUUGCUUAACUUUGCGCAGAUGCGUCUCGGGAAACUUUAGAAGUUUUCGCGUCAGAAACUCUGGCUGAUCAGGAUUAUGUGGACUAUACUUUACGCGUGCCUCUUACAGAUGUGUCCAAAGUUGGAUACGCGUCUCACGAACAAUAUUUCUGCAUGGUGAUUGAAACAACCCAUACUAACUGCACCGACAGCCACCAUUUAUCCAAAUGAUUCCGUUGCUCCUGUUGAUUGUUAUAUCGUCUCUUCAUCAGCAUGAGUCGGUGGCGGAAUCGAGUCACAUUAGUAAGAUUCACCACGCCAGCACGAAAGAACAGAACGGAGUGCAUGAAUCUCAACACGAGAAGGUCCUCAGUGUCACUGGGGAUGGAAUUAUUCAAAGUCCCAACUUUCCAAACAAAUAUCCCCGAAGUAUUGUUAUAGUGUGGCAACUGGUGGCAGUCAUGGAAAGUUCCAGGAUCCAGCUGACCUUUGACCCACGCUUUGGCUUGGAGGAUGCGGAGGACGGCACUUGCAAGUAUGAUUAUGUGGAGGUGGAGGAGCCUGUUGGAGGGAUGGUGUUGGGUCGUUGGUGUGGAUCAGAGAUGGUUCCUGGACCCCAGGUGUCCAAGGGAAACCAAAUCCUGGUUCGCUUCGUCUCUGAUGAAUACUUUCCCUCAGACCCAGGGUUCAGCAUCCGCUAUUCUUUGCUUCAACAGAGGCAGUCGGAGCCCGAGGCCCCUGCGGUGAUGCCAGUGUGGAUGCAGCCUGUGGAGGAUCUGACUGAAGCCGUGUCUGCGUUCAACACCAUGGAGGAGGUGAUGAAAUACCUGGAGCCCGAGCGCUGGCAGCUGGACAUGGAUGACCUCUACAAACCCACCUGGCAGGUGCUGGGCAAAUCCUUCUUCCACCAGAAGAAAUCCAGAGGAGCGGUGGAUCUGAAUCUGCUUCGUGAGGAUGUGCGGCUCUAUAGUUGCACUCCUCGUAAUUUCUCUGUGUCUUUGCGCGAGGAGCUGAAACGGACAGAUGCCAUCUUCUGGCCCAGCUGCCUGCUGGUGAAGCGCUGUGGUGGAAACUGCGCCUGCUGUUCUCACAACUGCUAUGACUGCCAGUGCUCACCUACUAAAGUGGCCAAAAAAUACCACGAGGUUCUGAUGCUGAAGCACAGGACAGGGGGUCGGGGACUGCAGAAAACCCUAGCAGACGUCCCUCUGGAGCAUCACGAGGAGUGUAACUGUGUGUGUAAAAAUGACUCUGACUAAAUCAGUCCCAGAGAGAAGACGUACACCGGCCCCCCGCAGACUCACCCAGGGAAAUACCCCUGCUUUGUGCAUAAAUGAGCGAAAGAUGCUGCAAACUAAUGAAACCCAGCACUGGAUGUCUCCUUUUUUCAUCUUGACUCAUCUAAGCCUGCGGUUCCAUUCCUUUUGGCCUCGCAAAUCCAUAAAGAAUUGACCCAUAAAGAAGUUUCCAUUGGCCUUAUGAUAGCAUGGAAUAUUUGAAGGGAAAUUGGACACGCUCUUGCAUUCUCUGUGUGUAUGUGGAGGUUUGUGAACAAUGUGUACAUUUGUGGGUCUUUUUUUUAGUUCACAUAUAGAGCAGUUCAGGAAAUGAGCUAUUCCAGGAUAACUAGAGGUUGCUUUUACUUGGGGAACAAGUGUAUUUGGCGUGUUUUUUUUUUUUUUUAUUAUUAUUUUUUUUUUUUUUUACAACUUAAUAUAUCAAAGGACCUUGACUAUGUUUCUACUUUCAGCAAUUAAUUUUGAGGUGGUGCGGACAAUUUCCUAACAUCCCAAAGAAAUUACACUGUUAUAAACCAGCACUCCAUCACCUACUCGUCAUGAAACGGAAAUUAAUAAUAAUCCAUAAAGAAUAUCCUAGGAGCGAUGAACUGAGUGAUCAUGUGUGCAUCUUUUGCUCAUUUACUUUGAACCCUAAGAACACUAAAGUGAAUCUUUGUGUAAAUACAUUUCAUAUUGUGAUCUGUUGACUUAUCUUAUAUGUCGUUACAGUUUUUGAUACCAAAGGUUUGGGGUAUAUAAGAAUCACUUUUCCCUUUUUUUUCAUAAUCACUAGUAUUUUCAGUAUUAGUCAUUCUUGUAGAGACAUUUAUACAUCUCUUGUGUUUUUAUUUGCGUGAUGAGAUCGUCAUUCUGACUGGAGACAAAAUAUUCUGUUAGAUGUUCAUGUAAAUAGACUUUUUAGAAGUUAAAGGGACAUUGGAACAGCCAGUACCUUAUUCAUCUACCAUUAAACAGUCAACUAAA